AUGGGCCAGAUUGGGAAGGGCGGUACGAGGGUGGGACUUGGCGUUGGUGUUUUGGAACAUCAAAGAUGGACAGGGUUUUCGCGGAGGUCGCUCCUCAGAUAUCUCCACAACUACAGAUCGGGGAUCUUCCAAAAUCGAGAAGAUUGGUGCAUACGGCUAGGUCUCUUCACCUUACAAUUUGUAUGGCAAUUUGGCCCGGGGUUGUGGUGUGGUAGGGGAGAAUGGGGGAUAAUCCCACGCAGGAGUUCCGAACAACGUCUGGUUCACAUUUGGCUGGAUAACUCCACCACCACACGGGGAUAUACACAGGCAUGGGCUAAGGAUGUCCGAUGUGAUAAAGAUGUCAUAUCUUUGAUAGAGUUAGUUAAGGACUUCAAGGAACGGUAUAGGGAAAUGGGUAUUCUCAAAGGAGAUAAAUCUAUGAACUUCGCUACCCUUAAUGGAAGACCUCAGCAAUCCUCAUCACCAGCAACAUUCGGAAACUGCAUCUACGGAGCCCGUCACCGAUACGCCCAGUGCUACUAUCUCAAUCCAUCAAGGAAGCCACCUGGAUGGAAGGAAAACGGGGAGAAGAGAACUCAGAUCGAUCAAGCUCUUAAGAAUCAAGGAUUAAAGAGACGCAUUGAUCGUGCGAUAUCUAGAGAUUCAUCCAUGAAUACAGAUAUGGUAGAUGCCAAUGAAGCAGUCCUGGGAGGAAUGGUUCUGAAGCAAUCAGAUCCUCAAUCUAUCAAUCCUCAAUCUAUCGAUCAUCAAUCUACCGAUCAUCAAUCUAUCGAUCAACAGAUCAGAAAAAUAUCAAUGAACUCUUCAAAUUCUCGCUCCUACCUCCGAAACUCCUGGAUCUUUGAUACUGGCGCGGAACAGCAUAUAUGCAAUAAUCGAACACGUUUCCUAUCCUUUACUCCUGCGAAUGCGGAAGUCUAUACAGGCGAUUCCAGCACUAAAGUUGAAGGUUAUGGAACUGUUAGAACUAUCAUGAUAAAUGAAGCAGGAAAGCAGUUCAAUGUCAACCUCACCAACGCGGCUUACAUCCCGAAUUUCCAUACAAAUAUGUUGGCCCUUACGGCCGUUGCGAUAGAUCUAUCAAUACAACCUUCAACUAUUCUACAGAUUAUAGUCUGA